AGUGUCCCGCCCACACGCAUGAUUUGAUUGGAUAUUACAAGUUUCUUUUCCCCAGAUGACAGCGUAGGUUUUUUCUAUUAGACGAUUUUGGUGUCAGUCAGAGUUCAGUCAACAAGAUAGGUUGAAUCACAACUGACGGGAUGGAUGCGGCUACUCUUACCUAUGACACACUACGAUUUGGGGAGUUUGAGGAUUUCCCAGAGACAUCCGAGCCUGUCUGGAUUCUGGGCAAACAGUCCAAUGCUCUGACAGAGAAGGAUGAGAUUCUGUCGGACAUUACUUCACGCUUGUGGUUCACCUACAGAAAGAAUUUCCAGGCAAUUGGAGGGACAGGGCCUACAUCUGACACGGGCUGGGGUUGCAUGCUGCGAUGUGGACAGAUGAUUCUUGCUGAAGCGUUGCUCCGUAGACACCUGGGUCGUGAGUGGAGAUGGGUACGAAGUCAGCGGCCAAGAGAGGAGUACAUGAGCAUCCUCAAUGCUUUCAUAGACAAGAAGGACAGCUACUACUCUAUUCACCAGAUAGCUCAGAUGGGAGUGGGAGAGGGCAAAUCCAUAGGCCAGUGGUAUGGCCCGAAUACAGUGGCACAAGUACUCAAGAAACUGGCAGUGUUUGACACAUGGAGCCGAUUGGCAGUUCACGUGGCCAUGGACAACACUGUGGUAAUCGAGGAAAUCAAGAGGUUGUGUAUGCCAUGGUUGGACUUUGAGAGGAGAGGGUGUGCAGAUCCUCUGGAGAUGAACGGGUAUAUGGAGGGGGCAUGUGCCAUGGCUUUGGAAGACACAGCUGUGUGGAAACCACUUGUGCUGCUCAUCCCCCUGCGUCUGGGCCUCAGCGACAUCAAUGAGGCCUACAUUGAAACUCUAAAGCAAUGCUUCAUGAUGCCUCAGUCUUUAGGGGUUAUUGGUGGGAAGCCUAACAGUGCCCAUUACUUUAUCGGCUAUGUUGGUGAGGAGCUCAUAUACCUGGACCCCCAUACAACUCAGCCGGCUGUGGAGCCAUGUGAAAACGGAGAGAUUCAGGAUGACUCCUAUCACUGCCAGCACCCACCAUGUCGCAUGCACAUCUGUGAGCUCGACCCAUCCAUAGCUGUUGGCUUCUUCUGUCAAACGGAGGACGACUUUGAUGAUUGGUGUUCACAUAUUCGAAAAAUAUCGAGCUAUAGAGGAGGUCUUCCCAUGUUCGAACUUGUAGACAGUCAGCCAUCACAUCUAAUCAACACUGAAGCCAUUAAUCUCACUCCCGAUUUCUCAGAUUCGGACCGGCUUGAGCGUUUCUUUGACUCUGAAGAUGAGGAGUUUGAGAUCCUGUCUUUGUAAGGAUGAGAGAGAGAAUGAUUGUUCAGCAUACAGAGCUCAGUGCCACACUCCUGGAGAGGAGCAGUACCACUGACAUGAGGCCUGGCUGGCAUUUGGUGGCACAGUCACCUGUGUAAAACUCAGCUUCUUGCUACACUGACUGCUCUCUGUGUCAUGAGUCCUGAGGUCAGAGGUCAUCAUCACAAGCUCUGAGGAGUCUCAGUCUGUUCAUAUUAACACUUAACGUGUAUCCAUUUUGAGUCUUAACACUUUUUGUUAUAAAGUGACUGUGCCUUUUUAUGCGCCUACACUAAUGCAGAUUUGCCAUAACUCACUUUCGGUGGUCAUCAGGAGCACUGCUGCUCAGAGUAUGCUCAUGACCUACACUGCUUUGAUGUCUGUAGCAAAUUGUAAAUGAAAACCAAAAUGUAAAGGUUACAGACCAAGUAGGUUAGCUUGUGUAGUACAGUACAUUUAUCAGUGUUUAAAGUAUCUGUACACAAGUUUAUUUUAAGAUUAUUUAUUUACUCAACUGUAAAUUUAUUCAGCUGUAAUAGAAAUAAAAAUGAAUAAAAAUA